AUGCGAUUCAUGGGAUCAAUGAAGAGAAAGUCGUUAGAGCAUCCGCAUGAGGACUCUAGCCCUCCUUCUAAACAUCGUUUAUUAGCCGUGGAUGAAUCUGUAGCAUGCGUUCACGAUGUAUCAUAUCCUGAGGGCUAUGUUCCUAGUUUAAACCCCUCACUACCUCAAGCGGAUUCAAAACCAGCAAAAGAAUUCCCUUUUACGCUUGAUCCUUUUCAAUCCGAAGCAAUUAAAUGUCUUGACAGUGGUGAAUCCGUCAUGGUAUCAGCUCAUACAUCAGCAGGGAAAACCGUGGUUGCCCUUUAUGCCAUUGCCAUGUCUUUGCGGAAUAAGCAACGGGUUAUAUAUACUUCACCAAUUAAAGCACUUAGCAACCAGAAAUACAGGGAGUUCAAAGAAGAGUUUUCAGAUGUGGGUUUGAUGACUGGAGAUGUGAUGACUACAGAAAUUUGGCGCAGCAUGCAGUACAAAGGAUCAGAGAUUAUUCGUGAGGUAGCUUGGGUUAUUUUUGAUGAAGUCCAUUACAUGCGCGAUAGGGAGAGAGGUGUUGUAUGGGAAGAGAGUAUUGUUAUGGCUCCAAAGAACUCUAGAUUUGUAUUUCUUUCUGCAACAGUGCCUAAUGCAAAGGAAUUUGCAGAUUGGGUUGCAAAGGUGCACCAGCAACCGUGUCAUAUUGUUUAUACUGAUUAUCGACCUACACCGCUUCAGCAUUAUGUCUUUCCUGCUGGAGGUGAUGGCCUAUACUUGGUGGUAGAUGAAAAAGGGAAAUUUCGAGAGGAUAGCUUUCAGAAAGCUUUAAAUGCCCUUGUCCCUAUUAGUGAAGGUGACAAGAAAAUGGAUAAUGGAAAAUGGCAAAAGGGUUUGGUGGUUGGUAAGGCUGGAGAAGAAAGUGACAUUUUCAAGAUGGUGAAAAUGAUUGUGCAGCGUCAAUAUGAUCCUGUGAUACUUUUCAGCUUUAGCAAAAGGGAGUGUGAACUUCUUGCAAUGCAGAUGGCAAAAAUGGAUCUAAAUGAGGAUGAUGAGAAGCCAAUAUAG